AUGAGUCGUGGUAGAACGGGAACUCCUAGUGGAUCUUGAGGCCGUUGACCGCGUCCUUGAUGUGGUUGUUGAUCCCGUAAAAGGAGUCGUCGAUCCCGUAAAAGCGGUCGUUGUUCCCGUAAAAACUGUUGUUGUUCCCGUAAAAGGGGUUGUUGUUCCAGUAAACGGAGUUGUUCUUGAUGUUCUGGAUGUUGAAGUGGACCCAGUUCUUGUGGAAGUAGAAACUGAGGUAGUUGUGCUUCCAGUGAAAGCAGUUGUGGUUCCGGUAAACGCAGUGGUCGUUGCACUUGUUGUGGAGCUUGUGGAUGCAGUUGUUGUGCUAGCCGUUGAUGUUGAGGUUGAAGAUGACGUGGAUCCGGUGAAAGUUGUUGUUGAUCCAGUAGUUGUACUUGAAGUUGAGACCGUGCUUGUUGAUGUCGUGGAGGAUGGGGUUGUUGUUGAGACGGAGGUAGUUGUUGAUCCAGUAGUUGUGCUGCCAGUGAAAGUCGUGGUACUUCCUGUAAAUGGCGUUGUGGUUCCGCCGCUCGCAGUCGAUCCAGUAGUCCCGGUGGUUGUACUGCCAGUGAAAGGGGUGGUGGUCCCCGUAAAGCGGGUUGUGGUGCCUGUAUUAACCGUGGUGGACCCCGUGAAAGGAGUUGUGGACCCAGUAAAACGGGUUGUGGUGCCUGUAUUAACCGUGGUGGAGCCGGUAAAGGGAGUUGUGCUUGUAGUACUGCCCGUAAACGGGGUAGUAGUGGCUGUAUUGGCCGUUGUGGAGGUUGUACUCCCCGUGAAACGAGUUGUAGUCCCCGUAUUGGCGGUCGUGGUUGCAGUAUUUUUGGUUGUCUUGCCUGUAUUUACUGUUGUGGGGGUAGUAAUUCCCGUAAAACGGGUUGUUGUUCCAGUAUUCACCGUUGUGGAGGCUGUACUUCCCGUGGAACGGGUGGUAGUUCCCGUAUUGGCGGUUGUGGUCGCAGUAUUCUUGGUUGUCUUGCCUGUACCGGCUGUUGUAGUAGAUGUAUUCAAGUGGAUUGUGGUUCCAGUCUUUGCCGUGACGGCGGGCGUACUCACCGUGGCGUUAGUAAACAGCCCCGUGACCUUAAUCGUACUCCCCGUACUGAGAGUGAUAUUUGCGGUGGUCUUAAUGUCAGUGCUAGAGGUGGUGGCAGUAGUAGCACCGGGAACUAGCGUCGGGAUCGUCGAGAUUGUAAUAUUGGAUAGACUGCGAGUGGUUUUACCUGUGGUCGACGGAGUUGUGGUUGUACUUGUACUUGUCGUUGAGGACGUGCUGGUUGAUGUGCGAGCCGUCGAAGUUGUAGUACUUUGA